AUUACAAUACCCAACAUGUCUUGCGCGCUAGUACUAUACACUUCCGCCUGGUAGCGGCAACGUGUGUGUCAGAAGUGAAGAGUUUUCUACUCGUGGGUAGCAAGAGGCCUUUGGUUUUAAAUAAGGGAACCAACAUGACGGAACGAAAAGGAACAGCUAAGGUUGACUUCCUUAAGAAAAUUGAAAAAGAAAUCCAAGCAAAAUGGGAGGCCCAGAAAAUAUUUGAAGUUAAUGCCUCAGACCCUCAGAAUCAAAACAGCAAAGGGAAAUACCUUGUAACCUUUCCGUAUCCAUACAUGAAUGGGCGGCUUCACCUUGGUCACACGUUCUCUCUUUCUAAAUGUGAGUUUUCUGUUGGCUACCAAAGACUAAAAGGUAAAACCUGUCUCUUCCCCUUUGGUCUACAUUGCACUGGCAUGCCCAUCAAGGCUUGUGCAGAUAAAUUAAAAAGGGAAAUGGAGUUGUACGGCUGUCCACCCCAGUUUCCUGAGGAGGAGGAGGAAGAUGAUGAAGUUCCAGCCAAGAAAGAGGAGGAAGUGAUAAUUAAAGACAAAGCCAAAGGCAAAAAGAGUAAAGCAGCAGCAAAAACUGGUUCGUCAAAAUAUCAAUGGGGAAUCAUGAAGUCUCUUGGCCUCUCAGAUGAAGACAUAGUACCAUUUUCAGAAGCAGAGCACUGGCUUGACUAUUUCCCUCCCCUUGCUGUUGAAGACCUCAAGGGCAUGGGGUUAAAGGUGGACUGGCGGCGCUCGUUUAUCACUACUGAUGUUAACCCUUUUUAUGACUCCUUCGUAAAGUGGCAGUUUUUAACUUUGAAAGAACGAAACAAAAUUAAGUUUGGGAAACGAUACACCAUCUACUCACCCAGGGAUGGUCAGCCCUGCAUGGAUCAUGAUCGACAGACUGGGGAGGGUGUUGGACCUCAGGAGUAUACUUUGAUCAAAAUGAAAGUUCUCGAGCCUUAUCCAGCAAAAAUAAGUGGUCUUAAGGGAAGAAAUGUGUUCUUGGUGGCUGCCACAUUACGCCCAGAAACCAUGUUUGGACAGACAAACUGUUGGCUGAGGCCUGAUAUGGCUUACAUUGCCUUUGAAACUGGCAGUGGGGAUAUCUUCAUCUGUACCCAAAGAGCAGCCAGGAACAUGUCGUACCAGGGAUUUACCAAAGACAAUGGAGUUGUGCCAGUGGUCAAGGAACUGAUGGGAGAGGAUCUUCUUGGUGCAGCCUUGUCCGCCCCUUUAACAUCGUACAAAGUCAUCUAUGCUCUGCCAAUGCUUACCAUAAAAGAAGAUAAAGGCACUGGAGUGGUUACCAGCGUACCUUCAGAUGCGCCAGAUGACAUUGCAGCCUUGAGAGACCUUAAGAAGAAACAAGCCCUGAGACUGAAGUAUGGAAUAAAAGAUGAAAUGGUCCUGCCCUUUGAGCCUGACUCUAAUGGUUCUAACACAGAGGAUGACCCAGUUGUAGAGAUACCUGAGUCACAACAGGAAGGAUUAGAACCCAGUACUAGCAGAAAAGAACUAAAGACACUAGUGAAGCAACCUACACAAACUAGCACCCCUAAAAAAACUGAAGAGCCCAGCACCCCUUAUUUUCGCAUAGUGCCCAAAAUACACAAACAGUUAAUUAAGCCUCCGGGAUGGCCCAUUGUGGCCAGUAAUGGUUCACUGUGCGAGAAAUUGGGUAGCUGGCUGGAUCAUAUACUACAACCUACUAUGCUAUCCCUACCUGGUUAUAUUAAGGAUAGUACACAUCUCAUAACACAAUUAAAGGACAUUGUCUGGAAGGACACAUAUACUUGGGUCACUAUAGAUGUGGCGGCUCUGUAUUCCAACAUUCCCCACACAUUGGGAUUGGAAGCCAUUAACAUUAUGUUACAUCAACACUCCAACUAUAGUGACCAAUUCAUUUCCUUCAUUGUCCAAGUCACUGAAUUCCUACAAAAGCAUAAUUUCUUUAUGUUUCAAGGGGAGUACUAUCUGCAGAGAUGCGGUACGGUAAUGGGGGCGAAAUUUGCCCUGGCUUAUGCCAACAUCUAUAUGGGCUGGCUAGAGCUUAACCGCAUCUUUGCAGAUAGUUUCCCUUUUUCUGAUAAUGUUAUUUUAUAUGGGCGCUUCAUUGACAAUAACACGGUAGACACCUUUAUUGACUUUAUGAAUGAUAACCAAUACAACUUGUCCUUUACGGCCCAGAGUAGUACCACUAAGAUUAACUUUCUUGACCUGCUAAUUGAAGUGGAUCAAGAUAAAAUCCUCACCUCAACCUAUCGCAAACCUUUAGCUCGCAACACCAUACUACAAGCAGAUUCAUGUCACAUCUCCCACUUAAAAAGAGGGAUUCUGAAAGCACAAUAUUUACAGUUGCGCAGGAAUUGCUCAGAUGUUACAAAAUAUUACCUUCAAGCCCAAGAAUUGACCACUAGAUUAGUGCAAAGAGGUUACCAUAGAGCUACCCUUAAAAAAUUAGAAGUACCAGUUGCCCAAAUGGAUAGAAAGGAACUUUUCACAUCCAGAAAAAAGAAUACAGUCUUUCAUAAUAAGGGUAGUUUAGACCCUCACAGCCAGUCUACUCUGCUUAUAACACAGUUUACUAGACAAUACCAGCAGAUCUGCAAUGUAGUCAAGAAAAACUUGACUAUAUUGAAGGGGGAUGAUGCCCUAAUUGAAUUGGAUCAAAUUGAAAUCAAGUUUGCUUCAGAUGCAGAGGAGAAAAUUAAAGAGGACUGUUGUCCUGGGAAACCAUAUUCUGUCUUCAGAACGGAGCCUGGUGUGCCUGUAUUCCUUGUUAAUCCACAACCAUCAAAUGGACAUUUUUCUACUAAAAUUGAGAUCCGGCAAGGAGACAAUAGAGAGUCAGUAAUAAGACGCCUAAUGAAGACUGACAGAGGAAUCAAAGACGUUACUAAGGUAAAGCUUAUGCGGUAUGAUGACCCAUUGUUGGGACCCCGCCGUGUUCCAGUACUUGGAAGAGAAGAUAGUGGCAAGAUUCUAGUAUCUGUGCAAGCUGCUUUUCAAGUUGAUCUAAAUGAGAAGCGAGUGCAUAUUGCUGACAAUGGCCUUAAAAUAGAUAUAGGAGACACACUGGUGUACAUUGUGGAUUGAAGAUAAUAAAAGGUGUAGCUUUCAAUAAAAGUAAAGAACUUGGAAAGCUGUAGGCAGUCAUACAAAUAAACUUGCAGUAGACUCUUAUUACCCAUGGUGCAUUAUGUUUUAUGUUUUUGUUUCUUAAAUAAUGGCAAAGACUUUGCAAAAAAAAAAAAAAAUCCUGCCAUUUAUCUGUUACAACUUUCACAGAAGCAAUCUGUUAUAGGAGUGAUCAUUUUAAAACCUUUUAAUGCAGGGUUGUCUGAAAAAAUAUUGUGUAUAUUGCAUCGUUGAAACAUUUUGCACUUUUAAUAUCCUUUUGUUUUAUGGGAAUCUGUCAUGAAAAAUACCAAGAGCCAAUUAUAUUGGUAUGCAUAAAUAUUUAAAAUAAACCUUAUUAUUCUACAA